AUGGCUCCCUUCGCAUGGCUUUGUGGGGGCAGCUAUGGGGCUGGGGGCUGGGGGGUUGGGGACAGUGAACAGCGGUGCCCUAGAGCUGCUAGCCGUCUUGCUGUCAGCCCCGUGCCUGUCGGGGCUUUGAGCGGGGCCAGGCCGGUCGGGCGCAGUUUUCACGAGGGUGACGUCCCAAGGGACCGCCCCCAUCCUCUGCACCCCAGGCGGCUCCGCGAAAUCGCAGAUCCCGGCUCAGGCAGCGACAACACAGCAAGGGGGCCACCCCAGCCCGAAAAACAGGAAGACAUGCUGCGAAUGGGAAGCAGGGAUCAGUUCGACAACUUGGAAAAGCACACGCACUGGGGAAUUGAGUUCGUGGAGCGGUACACCAAAUUUGUAAAGGAGAGAUCUGAGAUUGAAGUUAAUUACGCAAAACAGAUUAGGAAUCUUUCAAAGAAAUAUCAGCCCAAGAAAAACUCCAAAGAAGAAGAAGAGAAUAAGUACUCGUCAUGUCGGGCCUUUCUGACGACCCUGAAUGAGCUGAAUGACUACGCUGGGCAGCAUGAGGUCAUAGCAGAGAACCUCACCUCACAGAUCAUUUCUGAGCUGACGCGCUUUGUCCAGGACCUCAAGGCAGAGAGGAAAUCG